AUGCAUCUCAUUCUGAUUAGUGCUGCGCUUAUGUUGGCCAUAAUGGCUCAGACUGUUAGUGGUCAUCAUCCGCCUGUUGCAUACGGCGAAGCUUGUGUAACACAAGGUUUUCAUAAUGGACAUAAAGCUGUUGAUAUUGGAUCGUAUGGUGCUAAACGGGUGAAUUUGUAUGCAAUCUGGGAAGGUACAGUAGUUAGUACAUGUAAUGGUGCCGGAGAUUUUAAUCAAAACGUAUGUGGAUCUUGUGGUAAUUCGGUUGAAAUAAGACAUAACACAGUUAUACUACUUUAUUGCCAUUUGACAUCGGGUUCAUUAACCGUCUCAAAAGGUGCUAAAGUUGCACGUGGACAGAAAAUCGGUCUCAUG